CUGCUUCCCCCCCGCCAUGGCUCCCUGUCUCCCUUCUCUCUCAGUAAGGGAGAGUGGCUGCCGCUUGCAGUACCUGACAAGGCCAAAUUCGCUGUGUGCAAUCCAAGACAUACAGCUACUUGCACAGGCCGCGGGCGGGGGAGACCCGAGCCGUGUGCUCUGCAAAUUAUUCUCUGUAUGAAGACCUGUUGAGUCUAUGGCCUCGGAUUUGGAAGCCAUAGAGGAUGGCUGCCCUGCAGAGCUGGCGAAGCCCCUCUACCUCCAGUACCUGGAACGGGCCCUUCGUCUGGACCAAUUUCUUCGCCAGACCACUGCUAUAUUUAACAGAAGCAACUCCAGUGAUGAAAGCGAGGAUGGGUUGGAUGAGUGCUCCAUGCUUCCAGAGUCUGAAGAUCCUUCCAUGCAGGUGAAGGAAGAGCCUAUGUCGCCUCUACUUGGGGAAACAUCAGGACAAGGAAACUUGGACAGUAGACAUUCUCAUUCAGUCAAUGGAGUUUUGCCGCUAGUAUCCUCAGAGCCAAAGUCAGAAAAAGGAAAUCAGUAUAAUUUCUCAAAACUGAAGAAAAGUAGAAGAUGGUUAAAGAACAUUUUAUUGAGUGAGGACUCCAGUGAUACUGACUCUCCAAGUGAAGAAGAUGAAGAGUAUUCGUUGUCUAAAGAUGAACUGCAUGACAUGCUCAGAUUGCACAAGUACAGAAAGUUGUACCAGAACAAAUAUCACAAAGAUAAAGAGCUCCAGCAAUAUCAAUACUACAGUGCUGGCCUCCUUUCCACCCAUGAUCCAUUUUAUGAACAGAACCGUCACUUCCUAGGGCCCAAAAAGAAAAGAAUCAAAGAAGAGAAGAAAUUUAAAGCCAAGCUAAAAAAGGUGAAGAAAAGAAGACGAAAAGAAGAGGAUCUGUCUGAGGAGGAGAUCCCACGUCAACAUCACCAUGCUAAAGUGUUUGCAAAAUUUUCCCACGAUGCCCCUACUCCAGUUGGCAAGAAAAAGCACCUGACACUUGAACAGUUGAACGCCCGUCGCAGAAAAGUCUGGCUGGCAAUUGUUAAGAAGGAGUUACCAAAGGCUUACAAGCAAAAAGUUUCAGCCCGCAACAUGCUGCUUACAAAUAACAAAAAGCUGGCGCACCAGUGCAUGAGGGAGGUACGUAGAGCUGCCAUUCAGGCUCAGAAAAACUGUAAGGAGACCCUGCCACGUGCACGUAGGCUGACCAAGGAAAUGUCCCUGUACUGGAAAAAGUAUGACAAAGUGGAGAAAGAGCAUCGUAAACGAGCAGAGAAAGAGGCCUUGGAGCAACGUAAGCUUGAUGAAGAAAUGCGAGAGGCUAAAAGGCAGCAAAGGAAAUUAAACUUCUUGAUAACGCAGACGGAGUUAUACGCUCACUUUGUCAGCCGCAAGGGAGACUCUGGGUCGGACAACAUACAAGAAGAAAUCCUAAGCAAGUUGGAUGAUGGUUCACCUCAAAGGCAGAGUGGCAAAUCUGGAGUCUCCAUGGGGAUCACCCAGGAAGAUUAUGACAGUGAAUAUUUUAAGUCUCGGGCCCUAAAGAAUGCAGAAGACGCCUAUAGGAUACACCAGGCGCAGACAAGAUCGUUUGAUGAAGAUUCCAAGGAGAGUCGGGUAGCUGCUCUGCGGGCAGCCAACCAGUCUGAGUGUGGCUUUGGAGAGAGUUACAGCCUCGCUAAUCCUUCGAUAAGAGCAGGAGAGGAUAUUCCACAGCCAACAAUAUUUAAUGGCAAACUCAAAGGUUACCAGCUUAAAGGCAUGAAUUGGCUUGCAAAUCUGUAUGAACAGGGUAUAAACGGUAUCUUGGCUGAUGAGAUGGGCUUGGGCAAAACUGUUCAAAGUAUUGCCCUCCUGGCACACCUUGCAGAGAGAGAAAAUAUAUGGGGGCCCUUCCUAAUUAUUUCACCUGCCUCAACAUUGAACAACUGGCAUCAAGAGUUUUCAAGAUUUGUACCAAAGUUCAAGGUCCUACCUUAUUGGGGCAACCCUCAUGAAAGGAAAGUAAUCAGAAAGUUUUGGGGCCAGAAGACAUUGUAUACGCAGGAAGCUCCUUUCCAUGUGGUUAUCACUAGCUACCAGUUAGUGGUGCAAGAUGUCAAAUACUUCCAGAGGGUAAAAUGGCAAUAUAUGGUGCUAGAUGAAGCUCAGGCUCUAAAGAGUAGUUCAAGCGUCCGAUGGAAGAUCCUACUGCAGUUUCAGUGUCGCAAUCGGCUCCUGCUCACUGGUACUCCGAUCCAAAACACAAUGGCUGAGCUCUGGGCACUGCUGCAUUUUAUCAUGCCUACCCUGUUUGACUCGCACGAUGAAUUCAACGAGUGGUUUUCUAAGGAUAUAGAAAGUCAUGCCGAGAACAAAUCUGCCAUAGAUGAAAAUUCACUGUCGCGGUUACACAUGAUUCUCAAACCCUUCAUGCUCCGGCGAAUUAAGAAGGAUGUGGAAAAUGAAUUGUCGGACAAGAUUGAAAUCCUGAUGUAUUGCAACCUGACCAGCCGCCAGAAGCUGCUUUAUCAAGCUUUGAAGAACAAAAUAUCCAUCGAUGACCUUCUGCAGUCCUCCAUGGGUACCGCACAGCAAUCACAAAACACGACCAGCAGCUUAAUGAACCUGGUCAUGCAGUUUAGGAAGGUAUGUAACCAUUCUGAGCUUUUUGAACGUCAGGAGACUUGGUCCCCAUUUCACUGCCGUUUAAGACCAUACCAGAUGUCUAAGUUUCUUUAUCGCAAUGGAAACAUCCAGAAUUUCAACAGUUCUAGCAUACGGUGGAUCAAUGUUGUUCUUUCGCCGUUUGCACCAGACCAUAUCCAGCAAUCCCUCUUCCACAGAAAUGGAUCAGACAGAGAAAGCUGCUUCUCUUUUCUCCGUUUCAUAAACAUCUCUCCUUCAGAGAUCAGAAAUAUCAUGUUACAAGGCCACCUAGCCAGAUGGUUAGCACUUUUCUUGUCGCUAAAAGCUUCAUACAGGAUCAACCAUUCACGAUUAUGGGAUGAGAGGGGCGAUUCCGGUGCCACAUCUCCAUACCUUGCCAACACAGAUUUAUUGCUGCUUAUGGACUACUCCCUUUGCUUCCCCAAUAUUCACUGUUCCACUAUACUUCAGGAAUUUGUUUUCACCCAAUAUUGCAAGCCAGUUUAUGGAUUUACAGACCAUAGGAUAUACGGGGAAAAAUCCGGUCAGUGUCAAUUUCUACAGUGCCAGAUUACAGAAUUCCCCUCUUCAUUAUGCAUUGCCUCACCUCUGGUCACUGCUGCACCAAUAGACACCUACUGCAAUGACAGGAGUGCCGAGUGUGAGCGGCAGGCUUUCAGAGAUGGAAGAUGCCUUAUUAGCUGGCACUGUGCUAUGUUUGGUUCCCCAGAACAUUCUGCUAACUGGACAGAGAGACAUUUGCAGUUUUUUCCAUCGAGCCCUGGUGGUUUGGUUGCAAUCAGACCCCAGCACGGCUGGUCGUAUGUUAGAAUCCCAGACAAAGAGAGUUUAAUCACAGACAGCGGGAAGCUGUAUGCCCUGGAUAUGCUUCUGACACACCUGAAAUCCCAAGGACACAGAGUGCUCAUUUACUCGCAGAUGACCCGGAUGAUAGACUUGUUAGAGGAGUACAUGGUAUACAGGAAGCACACGUACAUGCGACUGGAUGGCUCGUCCAAGAUUUCUGAGAGACGAGAUAUGGUCGCUGACUUCCAGAGCAGGACGGACAUCUUUGUUUUCCUGCUUAGCACAAGAGCUGGAGGAUUAGGUAUUAAUCUCACUGCCGCAGAUACAGUCAUUUUUUAUGACAGUGAUUGGAAUCCGACUGUUGACCAGCAGGCCAUGGACCGGGCUCAUCGUUUGGGCCAGACCAAACAGGUCACUGUGUACAGACUUAUUUGUAAGGGUACCAUAGAGGAGCGAAUCUUACAGAGGGCAAAGGAAAAGAGUGAGAUCCAACGAGUAGUGAUAUCGGGUGGAAACUUUAAACCAGACACUCUUAAACCAAAAGAAGUGGUCAGCCUGCUACUGGAUGACGAGGAGCUAGAAAAAAAAUUACGUCAACGACAAGAAGAGAAGCGGCAACUGGAGGAGACAAACAGAGUGAAGGAGCGCAAACGCAAAAGGGAGAAAUAUGCAGAAAAGAAGAAGAAAGAGGAUGAGAUUGAUGGGAGGAGGAAGAGAGAAGGCAUUAAUCUUGUGAUCCCUUUUGUUCCGUCAGCUGAUAACUCCAACCUUUCAGCUGAUGGUGAGGAUUCCUUUAUCAGUGUAGACUCAGCUGUGCCAAGCCCCUUCAGUGAGAUAUCAAUUAGCAGUGAACUCCACACUGGAUCUAUUGCACCAGACGAGAGCAGUAAUGACAUGCUGGUUAUAGUGGACGAUCCUUCCUCAUCAGCACAGCAAUCCCGGGGAACCAACUCCCCAGCUUCAGUCACCGGAUCUGUUUCAGACACUGUGAAUGGAAUGUCCAGCCUAGAAACGAGUAGUGGACGUGCAAAUUCAAGUAGAAGCAGAGGACGUCCCAAGAGUGGUGGGAUAAACUCAAAAGGGACCAAGUCACGGAACCGCAAGUCCACUGCAGGCAGUGCAGCAGCUAUAGCCGGUGCAAUGGCUGGGGCAGCGGCAGCUUCUGCUGCAGCUUAUGCAGCAUAUGGGUACAGUGUACCAAAAGGUCUCCCAUCUACUAGUCCUCUUCAGACUUCUCUGUUACGACCUUCUGGGAUAUCUGAUUUUGGCCCACUCAACACAUCCUCGCCGAUUAGUUCCCCUUUAGGCAAAGGGAACAUUGUUCCAGCUAGUGCAAAAAUAAUGAAUCCAAUUGGAUCUACAGCAGAAGACCCUACAAGAAGACACUGCAAAGGUCCCAGUACUCCAGGUGCUAGGUAGUUUCAACCAUUUGUAUAUUCGAUAAAAGAAGGAAGGGUUUUGCUAUAUCUUCAUUGGCCAAAAUUUGCUUUAAGUGGUUUCAAACGCUUCCAGAAUUUACAUGAUAUAAUUUGCCGUAAACUGUUCAGAACCAGUUAAAUCUUUGCCUUCCAAAAAUCACCAUCAACAUUUUUGGAUCUGAGUUAUGUCUGGCUUACAAAUGUACUGCUACUUACCACAUAUAAUCUUGGGAGCUGAAAAAAUGUCCAGACAAAAACUAUAUUGCAAUGAUGCCUCAUGGGCAACAGAGGUCCUUCCCAUAUAAAAUCAUAUUAAACCUUACUGUAGCUGCUUGCGCUGUCUUCACUGCCAGUAAACUGGGUAUUGAAAAGGAAAAUAGUUGUUCCAUACAAGGAGCGUAUUGCUGGAUGACGCAUGCAACUUCACCUACUGUGUCGUUAAUAACCACCAUGUUCAUUUGCCUUUCUUAUGUUUGUUUUUCAUUGGAUCAAAAAUCUGCUGCAUAGAUUUGUUGACUCAUACAGUACCCUUUAAAUAAAUCUAUUAACAGUCA